UCCUGCUAACACCAGACACCACAUUUUUAUUUUCUAGCUUCGUGUAGACUAGAAACUACAGAAAUUUAAAAUUUUGCAACGUAUAGGCUACCAAUUUGCAACAGCAUGGCAGCCUUAGGAUUUCCUGCAAAUGCCCUUUUGUUGGCUUGCCUUUUCGCUCCCGGAAGCCAUGCCGUAACUUACUCUUCCACUUCGAACCUGGAGAAUUAUUGCGAUAGGACUUUGUAUAUAAGCUGCCCGUACUCGUAUGGCGAAGCCGGUACUAUCCGAUUCUGGAUUAUGCCAAAAACGACAUGUAAAGUGACGGUGACUCUGAGCAGCAGCAAUUGUGGAUCAUAUAAUGAAUGGUUCAAAUUCUACCUCAACAUAAGAGAGUCUAAGAUGCCGACCAGCUCCACGAUGGAAAUAUACGAUACUUCCAGCAGUCGCACACUGGGCAAAACCUGGAAUGGAGGCUCUUAUGCUGCCACCCAGUAUUCUAAUCCCACAUCAGCCGGCCAGUAUUUGUCCAGAUCGGCUAGACAACCGGAAGUUUCCAUCGAGUUUACCCCUUCCCGCUCGUAUCCACCCGCAUCCAGCCAUCAGGUCGUAUUUGAUUACGUUGUUGUCUCAGAUACCAGUUCAUCGUACAAUACGUACUGCAGCGCACUGAGCGGAUAUGUCAGCGACAAUUAUAUCUGCGACACCAGCAACGACCGUGUGAACUGUCCUAGUUCUUAUUCGGCCUCAGUAUACAGUAUGGAUCCGGCAAUGUAUCGACAAAGCUGCUCAAUCGAAGGUGGAGCAAAUGCAGGCUCACUCGAGGGUGGAGCUAUUGCCGGCAUCGUCAUUGGGUGUGUGGCUUUCGUGGCUAUUGUCAUCGGAAUCAUUGUUGCCUGCGCCAACCGUCGACCACGCACAACCGUCACCAAUAAAGUGGCCUUUACCAAUAACGCCUACUCCGCGCCGGUCGUCACCUUUUCCCAACCGGGUGCUCCCGCGCCGUAUCCCACCCAGGCUUACGCUCCGGCACCGUAUCCAGCCGGUGCGGCUCCGGCACCAUAUCCAGCAGGCGCGGCUCCGGUACCGUAUCCAGCGGGUGGGGCACCACUUCCUCCGGCGCCGCAGCUCGUUAAAUAAAUAGAUCCUCUCAGACGAUGGGACCAAAUCAAACUAGAAUACACGAGCGAAAUCCACUAUUUUUAACCACCGUCUUGACUUGAUUCGGUUAGUCCGGUCUCAAAGUAGAGUCUUGAUUUGCUGGACACCCGCGUGUGCUGUAGGCUGUUGUGAUAUUGAUUAAAAAAGCAGCAGAACAUUUUCAUUAAGAUUUUCGAUGGCAGCCUUGACGCUGUACUGCAAAAAAUACAAAUUGUCCUGUAUACAAAGAAUUCAUUUUUGGUGUGUAUUAGUUGAAUUUUUAAUGGCUCCGCCAUCGAAAGCUUGAUUUGCAAGAUAUGCUGUGGGAACUUCCCUUUUUUGGUGCAUCCGAGAUGACAAAGUUCUGAAUGCCGUCUUGCCUAAUUUACCAUUCGUUCUUGUGCAACUCUGGCGCGUCGCUUUCAGUAUUUUUCCGUCACAUUUAUGCACUUUUCUCGUGAAAUAUUCAGUUUUCGUGCUAUUUGGCUUUUAAGGAAAUACGCAUGCAAUGUGCAAGUGGGUAGUGAACAAUAAAUA